AUGCUGCGCGAUCUGCACAUUCGCAACUUGGCCGUGCUGGCCGAGGCGUCGAUCGAGUUCGGCGCCGGCUUCAAUGUCAUCACCGGCGAGACCGGUGCCGGCAAAUCGAUCGUGGUCGACUCGCUGGCGUUGCUGGCUGGAGCCAGGGCUAGCACCGAUCUGAUCCGCACCGGCGCCGAGGCGCUCACCGUCAGCGGGGUGUUCGAGCCGCCGGGAGACGAUUGGCGCCAGCGCCUCGAGUCGGUGGGGGUCGAGACCGCUGGCGACCAGUUGGUAGUGCGGCGCGAGAUCAGUCGCACCGGCCGCAACCGGGUGUUCGUCAACGAUCAACCGGUGACGGUCAAGCUGUUAGGUGAGAUCGUCGCGCCGCAGAUCCGCAUCCACGGUCAGCGUGAGGAGCUCGGGCUGGUGGCGCCCGACCUGCAGCGGGCCUGGCUCGAUCGUUCCGGCGGUUCGGCGGCAGACAAGCUGCUGGCAGCGGCCUCGACCGCCUACCAACGCUACCUGCAACUCGCCGAGCGCCUUGCCGAGGUCUCUGGCGACCAGCGAGCGAUCGCCGAGCGGGCCGAUUUUCUGCGCUUUCAGAUCGGUGAGAUCGACAGUGCCGAGAUGCAGCCCGGCGAAGAUCAGCAGCUGCGCGGCGAGCGUGAAGUAUUGCGCCAUUCAGAGGCCAUUCAGCAGGCCAUCUCCGGCGCGGUACAGGCCCUUGCCGAGCAGAGCGAGUCGGCCUACGAAACCCUGCAGCGAGCUGGCCAGCAGCUCGCCGGCAUCGCCGUCUGGGAGCCUCGGGCCGAAGGCUGGGCCGAGGAACUCGAGGAGUUGCGGAUCCGGGUCGGCGAGCUCGAGACCACGUUGGGCCGGCGGCUCGAUCAAGUGGAGUCCGAUCCCGGCCGGCUGAACGAGGUCGAAAGCCGCCUGGCGGAGCUCGAGCGGCUGCUGCGUAAAUACGGCGAGAGCUGCACCGCAGUGCUCGGGCGCCGCGAGGAGCUGGCUGCCGAGCUAGCCGACUUGGCCGGCGACGAGGACAGCCGCGAGGCGUUGCAGCAGGAAGCUGCCCAAGCCUUCGAAGGCUACCGGGCAGCAGCGAGCAAGCUUUCCGAGUCGCGCCGGACCUGGGCUGGCAAGCUGGAGAAGUCGGUGCGCAAAGAACUCGCCGACCUGGCGCUCGAGCGGGCCCGGUUCGCGGUCGCCCUGGAGCGCCGCCGCCGCGCCGGUAGCCGGUUGCAGAUCGACGGCGCGGAGACCGAUUUUGGCGAGCAAGGCUACGAUCGGGUGGUCUACCGGUUUUCCCCAAACCCGGGCGAAGAUCUGCGUCCGUUGGCCAAGGUGGCUUCCGGCGGCGAGCUGUCGCGCCUCUACUUGUCGGUGCAGCUGGCCUCGCGCGGUGCCAAGGGCCAGCGCCGCAAGGCCCGCCAGCAACCCGGCCCGGGCUCGAGCUCGACCAUGGUCUUCGACGAGGUCGAUGCCGGAGUCGGCGGUGCCGAGGCAGCGGCCUUGGGCGGCAAGCUCCGUCGCUUGGCCCAGGGCGGUCAGAUCCUCGCCGUCACCCACCUGCCGCAGGUGGCAAGCUGCGCCGACCUUCAUUUCAAGGUCAGCAAGGCGGUUCGCGGCGGGCGCACCCACACCGAAAUCGCCUUGCUGUCAGAGGCGGCGCAGGCCGAGGAAAUCGCUCGCAUGUUGGGCGGCAGCGAGGUCACCGAGCUCUCUCUGCAGCACGCCCGCGAGUUGAUUGCCGGUGCUGUCGAUGGCUGA